GCACAAAUGCAGGAGAAUUGAACGGUGGGGGUGGUGAGAGUAGAUUCAAUGGAGGUGUGAAUAAGUAAAAGAAUGGAGUCUCUUUCCGUCAUUGUCAAAUUGUAGCAAACGUGGGCGCGGCUGUUCCCAACUCCCUCCCUCAUAUUCAUUCAUUUCUCCCACCCAAAUUCAUCGCCCUCCCAAUUUGGGAAUUUUUCGAAACCCUAAAAAGAUGAACCCCUACGACAGCAGAUAUUCUGACGCCUCUUCUUUUCGCGGCCGUCGUAGUGAUUUCGUUGGACCUAUUCCGCCGCCGUCUUUCGUCGGCCGCGGCGGCGCGGUUUCCUACGGCGUCCCUGGACCCAACGGGUUCCGAUCCGCACCCGUUGCUCCGGUCCCACCCUUUGUGCCUCCUUCCGGAGGCUUUAAUGUAGGUCGAGGCGGUGGCAGAGCGGGCUAUGGUCACGUGAGUGAUAGAAUGGGUCGUAGCGGUGGUGGAAGAGGUCGUGGUGGUGGCGGCGGCGGGGGCGGUAGAGCCGGAGCUCACGGUUUUAGGGGCUCCGGGAGAGGAGGAGGCAGACACGGUGGUGGUUCUUCUAGGGAUGAUUUGAACAACAUUGCACUUCCAAAGCAGGAUUUUAAGAAUUUGGUCCCUUUUGAGAAGAACUUCUAUGUUGAGUGCCCUGCAGUGAGGGCCAUGUCUGAGCAAGAAGUUUUGCAUUACCGUGCCAGUAGAGAGAUCACCGUGCAAGGGAACGAUGUGCCGAAGCCUGUAAGGAUGUUUCAUGAGGCGAAUUUUCCUGAUUACUGCCUUGAGGUUAUUGCCAAUCUGGGUUUUGCGGAGCCCACCCCUAUUCAGGCUCAGGGUUGGCCCAUGGCUCUUAAGGGUAGAGACUUAAUUGGCAUUGCUGAGACUGGCUCGGGUAAAACUUUGUCGUAUCUGCUUCCUGCUUUAGUGCACGUCAAUGCACAACCUCGAUUGGCACAUGGGGAUGGUCCCAUUGUCUUAGUUUUAGCACCAACAAGAGAGUUGGCUGUUCAAAUUCAAGAAGAGGCUCUGAAAUUUGGGUCCCGGGCAAAUAAAAGAAGUACGUGCAUCUAUGGCGGCGCACCAAAGGGCCCCCAAAUUCGGGAGCUUAAAAGAGGCGUUGAAAUAGUUAUUGCUACACCUGGUCGUCUAAUAGAUAUGUUGGAAGCUCAGCACACAAACCUGAAGAGAGUGACUUACCUUGUCUUGGAUGAAGCUGAUCGAAUGCUAGACAUGGGUUUUGAACCUCAGAUACGGAAAAUUGUAGCCCAGAUUCGACCAGAUAGGCAAACACUAUUAUGGAGUGCUACAUGGCCAAGGGAGGUUGAAACUCUGGCAAGGCAGUUUCUGCGCAACCCAUACAAGGUAAUUAUUGGCUCACCAUACCUGAAGGCAAAUCAAUCUAUAAAUCAAGUUGUUGAAGUUUUAACAGACAUGGAGAAAUACAAUAGAUUAAUCAGGCUGCUGAAAGAAGUGAUGGACGGGAGCCGAAUUCUAAUAUUUAUGGAGACAAAAAAGGGAUGUGAUCAAGUUACCAGACAAAUGAGAGUGGAUGGAUGGCCAGCACUAUCCAUCCAUGGUGAUAAAAACCAGGCUGAAAGGGAUUGGGUCUUGGCUGAAUUUAAGAGUGGCAGAAGUCCAAUAAUGACUGCCACUGAUGUUGCUGCACGGGGUCUUGAUGUGAAAGACAUAAAAUGUGUGAUCAAUUAUGAUUUUCCAUCAAGCCUGGAAGAUUAUGUCCACAGAAUUGGUCGAACUGGUCGUGCAGGGGCUAAAGGAACUGCAUACACCUUUUUUACACAUGCCAAUGCCAAGUUUGCUAGGGAUCUGAUUAAGAUUUUACAAGAUGCUGGUCAGGUUGUGAGUCCUGCUUUGUCUGCAUUGGUUCGGUCGGCUGGUUCUGGUCAAUUUGGAUCAGGGGGAAGUUUUCGCUCAAGAGGACGAGGAGGCUAUGGAAAUCGAGGUUUAACGUCAGGUUCCAAUGCCAUUCCUCUAGGUUCGAAGAGGCCCUGGCAGUGUCUGUAGUUUUGGUGCUGCUUUGGGCAAAUUCUUAGUUUUACAAAUGUUGGGGUGUUGAAUUUUGAACAUGCAUGCAUUUAACCACAAUUACACUUGAAACAUCACAUUGUUAGAUUUUAGGACAAAAAUUAAUCUUACAACGACUGAAGUCCGGAAAGCAUGUGUUAUGAAUGAUUAACAUACAUUUAUCUUAUUUUUUCAUAGACUUGGUAAGAACAGUAGCUUGAUAAUAGAUGAUCAAAUAUUUUCUUACAGUCUUUAUCCUUCAUUUGACAAGGGAAGAAGAAUGAAAAUAGAAGAAAAGAAGAUGGAAUGAAGAAAAAAUAAACAGAAUUCUUCAUUGUCAUUUGGUUUGAUUUAUCUAUGUUAUUGUUAACUGUACUAUUCACAAACUCUGGUUCUACACUUCUACCCAUCAAAUAUCUACUAAAUAAGUUUUUCACAA